AUGGCCGAUAACUUGCCACGCAUUCCACCGCCUCCGACUGUGGAGAAUGAGGAUCCUCAGGCGCGUCAGGAAGACGACAACGAACCGCCACCGUUAGGCCCGCCACCGGGUCCACCGCCUGCUAUCGCGGGACCUCUGCGAGAGAUUGAUGCCGAGGAGUUAGCCAAUUGGCCACGAAGGGCACCGCUGGCCUUUCCCAACCACGCCAUGGUUUGGCAUGCUGAUCGCAACGCAUUCCUACCUGAGCGGGCACGACCAGAGCAACAGGACAUUCUGGGCCAAUUCGACCUGGGACCUGGUGACCCACCAAACAUCGCCCAUCAAGCUGCAUUGGCCAGGAUAAUGGGUGCGCCCAUUCGGAUACCUCAAGUCGGCCUUGGGGCAUUCCUAGUUGAUCAAGCCGAGCCAGCGGCCAACGACCAAGACCCGAAUCUACCUGAUCGCGAAACAUUCUUCCGCGACUACCUCUCAGUUGGCACGACACACUAUCUCAACUUGGCGACUUAUACAUUAGGUGAAGCGCCCACAGACUGCUUUAUCUGCAAGAACGUCUUCGGUGUCAUCGAAAACGAAGGCGACACCCCCGAACUUGCCAUUCUCCUCCCAUGUGGUCAUGCAGCCGGCCAUAUAUGCCUUAAGCGAUGGUUCUGCGACGUACCGGCCGGCGAUGUGCGGCCCCGAAACUGCUGCCCCUAUUGUUCGACGAAGUUUUUUAAGGACGGCCCUUACCAGGCCGCGAUGAUGAAUCAAGACGGUUUCAUGGGAGUGUGGGACCAAGGAAUUCCCCCACCACCCCUCCCACCCGUUCCACCUUUCCGACUUCCACAGGACCCAGCCCUUCACGUAAACUGGCUACAUAACGGCCCCCUGCCUCCUCCGCCACUCGCACUUGCUGCGGCGGCCCAGAUUCCAGCGGGUGUCCGGCAGCUUUUGGAUGGCUUGCUGGCUGGCCAUCAGGCCUGGUUUGUUAUAGACGAUCUGCGGCAAGACAUUCAGUGGAUGGAACAACAGCGAGCUGCAUGGGUGCAUCAGCUGAAUAUCGAGCAAGACGACGCUUUGAAAGACAAUUGGCGGCAGCGGAUUUUGAACCUAGAGGCCUCCAUACAAGAACUCAGGCAGGAACUAAACGUAGCUGAACAAGCUAACCCGGCCCCGGGAGGCGCCCCAAACAACGCUCGACCUGCUAUCAUUCCACCCGCCGGCGGUGCCGAUCUGCAGCCUCCAGCUCAAGCCGAUGCUCCGCCUGCCCAGGCCGACCCAGCCGACGUCGAGCAUCCUCCAGAACUCGCCGAAGACUUUCCGGACGACGAUAUGCCAGACUUAGGUCCUGUGCUGCCUGCUGAAGCUGAUGCAGUGCCUCCUCCGGUGUUCCGCCAAGCUGCUUUCGUCCAUGUAAUACGACACGACGGCCGACUCCCAGCCUUCGAUCAAGCUCUACAGCCCGCCGAGGAAGACCACGUUUUGAUGGAUGUGGUGGAAGACAAUAUUAUGCACGGCAUGGACCACGGCUUCCGGGGCCAAGAUCUUCGUGAUCGUGGUGCCGAGAUUGUUCGUCAGCAUUUCCAGACACUCGCCCCUGCGAUACCUCCCCCAGAUGCGCGAGAGAUUGCGGAAGCUGUCGAAGCGGUCGCUAAUCGUCUCGAAAACGAAGAGUGGCCGAUCGCAGAGCCACCGAUCGCAGAGCCACCACAUCCAGAACCACUAUUCGCCGCGCGCCGAGCUGGAGAACCUCCAAGGAACAUUCCAGAUAUGGCCCGCUUCCGUAACGCUACUCUUGCCGCCGGCAUCACAGCAAGAGACAUAGCGCGGAUGCCGCUACCAGCUUUCCUGAAUCGGAUCAACGAAGAACGCGCUGUAGUGGAGGCACUCCGCGACAUGCUUAGCCUUGUCCUUGAGCGACAGCUUGCACUAGAGCCUGCACCAGAUCCUGUGCCAGAGCUUGCGCCAGACCCUGCGCCAGAACCUGUGCGAGAGCCAGAGGAUGUAGAAUCGCGCGUGCAGCAAGACGCACCCGAUACUGCGAUGCCGCCGCCGGGAUUUCUUGGGAGGGUUUUCGGAGGCUGGAUGACUUAG